GUGUCAGGGGUGCUUUCUCUGAGUGUUGACGUGAUUAUUCGUGUUCUGUGUAUCGUCUGUGAAUAUAUUGGAAUAAUAAAAGUGGGAGUUCUUGAGGCCGACCCUGAUCACGUGUCGUAGGUCCUGUCAGGGUCUGUGUAGUUUUCGUGACUGUUAACGUUCUUUCUGUGUGUCGGCUGUGAAUAUAAUAUUGAAUAAUAAAAAGAGGGAGUGUGCGAGGCCGACCCUGCUCACGUGUCUGGGGCGCUCAACGGUUCUGUAAUGUUUACUUGACUGCUAACAUUAUGUGGAUCAUUUUGUGAAUAUAAUAUCUUAGUCUUUGAAGCCGAUCCUCGUCACGUGUCGGGGGUGCUCGUAGGACCUGUGGCGUUUACGUGACUUCUUUCUGUGUGUCGGCUGUGAAUAUGUUGAAUAAUAAAAGAGGGAGUGUUUGAAGUCGACCCUGGUCACGUGUCGGGGUGCUCUCCGGGCCUGCCGUGUUUACAUCGCUGCGCUCAGGAGCGGCCGGCGGGGAGGACUUGCUUCUUGUAUCCGCGCUAUGCGCGUCGUCUUUCGCCGUCGGUCGGUUAAAAAGCCGGUCGCGAUACCCGCUACGCCGAGCAAGUAAGACAUCGCCGAGGAGAAGGAGCCGAAGCGUCGCCGCGGUUUCGGCGGCGGGCUGGGGGUGCUGGUGUCCGACUCCGUUAGCUAGCUAGCGUCUGACUGGCUGCAUCUAUGGAGGAGCUGGCCGUGGAAGUCCGAGGGGUGAGCGGAGCCUUCUACAAGGCUUUUGUGAAAGACGUGCUCGAAUCGUCCGUUACCGUGGCUUUCGAGAAUAACUGGCAGCCGGAGCGUCAGGUCCCCUUCCACGAUGUCCGCUUUCUCGCACCCACGAGCUUUCAGAAGGAGAUCAAUGAGAGCGACGAGGUCGAGGUGUACUCCAGAGCCAACGACAAGGAGCCUUGCGGCUGGUGGCUGGCCAAGGUCAGGAUGGUGAAAGGAGAGUUUUACGUGAUCGAGUACGCGGCCUGCGACGCCACGCUCAACGAGAUCGUCACGCUGGAGAGGCUGCGGCCCGUGAACCCCAACAAGGCGGCCACCAAGAGCACCUUCCUCAAGGUGCGGCUGGACGUGCCGGAGGACCUGCGGCAGAUGUGUUCGAAGGACUCUGUGCACAAAGACUUCAAGAAGGCCGUGGGUGGCUUCAGCGUCUCGUAUGAUUCUGAGAAGAAGCAGCUGGUCAUCCUGUCGGUCAACGAGGUGACGAACAAGCGGGCGGCCAUGCUGAGCGACAUGCACUUCAGGAGUCUGCGCACCAAGCUGACCCUGAUGCAGCGGAACGAGGAAGCCAGCCGGCAGCUGGAGAGCUCCCGGCAGCUGGCCUCCCGCUUCCACGAGCAGUUUUCCGUACGGGACGACCUGAUGGGGCUCGCCAUCGGCACCCAUGGCGCCAACAUCCAGCAGGCCCGGAAGGUCUCCGGGGUUACCACCAUCGACCUGGACGAGGAGACUUGCACCUUCCACAUCUACGGAGAGGACCAGGAGGCCGUGCGGAAAGCCCGAAGCUAUCUGGAAUUCUCCGAAGAUGUCAUCAAAGUUCCCCGCAAUUUAGUAGGGAAAGUCAUCGGUAAAAGUGGCAAGCUUAUCCAGGAGGUUGUGGACAAAUCCGGAGUGGUCAGGGUGAGGAUCGAGGCUGAAAAUGACAAGAAGCCGCCGCCAGCCGACGAGCAGGGCAUGGUGCCGUUCGUCUUCGUAGGAACCAAGGAGAGCAUCUCGAAUGCCCGCGUCCUGCUGGACUAUCAUCUCAACUACCUGAAGGAGGUAGACCAGCUCCGCAUGGAGCUGCUGCAGAUCGACGAGCAGCUCCGCCAGAUCGGCGGGGGGCCCAGGGCCUCGGCAGGACGGCCCGACAAGGAGAAGGGCUUUGGUGUGGACGACGGUACUGGCCCCCCUCGUGGGGGGAAGCCCUUUGGCCGUGGGGGGCGUGGCCGACGGGGUCCCGCCUUCACCUCAGGCACCAACUCCGAAGCCUCCAAUGCUUCAGAGACCGAGUCGGACCACCGAGACGAGCUGAGCGACUGGUCCCUGGCCCCCACCGAUGAGGAGAGCAGAGGCUUCCCUCGCCAUGGAGAUGGGCGCAAGAGGGGCAUGGGCCUUCGAGGACGUGGUGGGAGGGGCCGUGGGGGAGGGGGCUACAAAGGUCCUGAAGACGUGCAGUGGAAUGAUUCCCGCCCACGCAGUUCCAGAGAUGUGAAAUCCAGGCCCCAGGAAGAUUCCCUGCAGAUUCGUGUUGACGGAAAUAACGAGAGGAGCGUCCACACAAAGGCCCUCCAAGGCCCCACCCCUGGAGCCGAGAUGGGUGGUGGGGGCCACCGGCAGAGACCCGUCAAGGAGCGGGGCCUGAAGAAGGAGAAGGCAGAGGGACCUGAAGGGUCUCAGAUGCUGGUGAAUGGAGUGUCGUAGUCCAGCAUCCGCUCCCCCGCUCUCCUCCCCUCCCGCCUCCCCACUCUGCUCUGUCAAAUCCAGAAGCUUGUUCAUUAGAGACUCGUUAGGCCAAAGAGAACGGGAUUGGUAGGGCUAUUUCAACACACUGGGGGAGGGUGGGCGCACGUCACAUUACUGUGUCUCCAGCACUUGCUUCAGUGGAAGGGGGGGUGGGUGGUGGUGUGUGUGUGCGGGUCAAUUCCUGCCCGCAAAGAGAGCGCUCGGUUUUAGCUAAAGGUAAACAGGAGCCAAUUAGCAGGUGGAUUACAGGUUAUAAUACUCUGUGUGCUCUUUAACAUCUAAAGUGAGCUAUUAUUACUAUUAUUAUUACUGUUAUUUGUUCCUCCCC